AUUUCCCAACGUGCAAACGCAUUGCUGCGUCAUCAGUCGGCGUCGGUUAUUGUUUUGAAUCGUUGGAAUAUGAUGCGUGGAGGUUAAUACCCACCUACUCCCACCCAAAAGAAAAAAAACAGAAAAUGUUUGUGCCCAGAGCUCUGAAAGUGAAGAGACCUGCCCAGGCCUCAAGCCACAUUUUGACCAAGAAAAGCAAAGGCGAUUGGGAGGAGAGAAAGGAUGAAGGUAUUUCAGUGGCACUUGUUCAAAAGGAGGAAGCAUUUGAAGACACAGAAUCACAGUGUGGUACGAUCCAAACAAGUGGAGAGUCUGCAGGUGUGACAGAGAGCUCAGUGUGCAAGGACGUACUGGAUCCUGCCUCAAGUGAUGCAGAGGAUGACACGGAGGAAGAGGAACCUGUAAAAUCCUUUAGAAAGAGCCAGAGAUGGCCUGAGCCGGGGGAGCCUGUCUGUGUGAUGUGUGGUCGCUAUGGAGAGUACAUUUGUGACAGUACUGACAAUGAUGUUUGCAGUCUUGAGUGCAAAGCCAAGCAUUUGGCCCAAAUGGGGUUAGGGACCGGGGCAGAUGUGUUUAUCCGUACGGACAAAACUGAAGAUGAAAUAAAGACUCAAACUCAACAGCAAGCGGGUGACCCUGGUGGAGUAUGCAUUAGUGAAUCAAGCUAUUCCUACAGGGAAGAUCCGUUCAUUUCAGGCCUAACAGAAGAGCAGGUGCAGCGGAUUAAACAGGAGCUGGGCGUUGAAACAGAGGGGAGAGACGUCAGUAGACCCAUAGUUGAGUUUGAACACUGUGGCUUCCCUGCGACACUCUAUGGAAACCUGAAGAAGGCUGGCUAUGAGGCACCCACACCCGUCCAGAUGCAGAUGGUGCCUGUUGGUCUCACCGGACGAGAUGUGAUCGCCAGCGCUGACACAGGCUCAGGGAAGACUGUGGCCUUCCUUCUGCCAGUGGUUGUGAGGGCACUGGAGAAAACAGCACACAGUGUGAGCAGUCCUGUGGCUCUGAUCCUGACCCCUACCAGGGAACUGGCCAUUCAGAUAGAGAGACAGGCCAAAGAGCUUGUGAUGGGACUGCCUAACAUGAGGACUGCACUGCUGGUGGGCGGCAUGCCGCUUCCUCCACAGCUCCACCGCCUGAAAAGCAGCAUUAAAAUAAUCAUAGCCACCCCUGGGAGACUUCUUGAGAUCUUGAAGCAGAAGGCAGUUCACUUGAAUAAUGUGAAGGUCAUCGUGGUUGAUGAGGUUGACACGAUGUUGAAGAUGGGUUUCCAGCAGCAGGUUCUGGAGAUUUUGGAGCAAGUUCCCGAAGCGCACCAGACUCUACUUGCGUCUGCCACCAUCCCAAAGGGAACGGAAGAGCUGGCAGCCCGAUUGGUUCGUGACCCCAUUCGUAUUGUCAUUGGGGAGAAGAACCAGCCCUGUGCCAACGUGAGGCAGAUCCUGCUCUGGGUAGAGGAACCCUCCAAGAAGAAGAAACUAUUUGAAAUUGUCAACGACAGUAAGCUGUACCAGCCUCCUGUGGUGGUGUUUGUCGACUGUAAACUGGGAGCUGAUUUGCUGUGUGAGGCGGUCGCCAAGGUGACAGGCCUCAACACUGUGGCAAUCCACUCUGACAAGAGCCAAUGGGAACGCAACCGCAUCCUCAGGGGUCUACUGGAUGGAGCCUUUGAAGUGGUGAUCAGUACAGGUGUGCUGGGCCGAGGUCUGGACCUGGCCAAUGUCAGACUGGUGGUUAACUUUGACAUGCCAAACACAAUGGAUGAAUAUGUCCAUCAGGUGGGCAGAGCGGGUCGGCUGGGACACAGAGGAACAGCAAUCACCUUUCUCAACAGCAACAACAAGCGUCUGUUUUAUGUGGUAAACCGGGUCAAACCCACAGGGUCCAUUCUCCCUCCUCAGCUCCUAAACUCUCCCCACCUCCACGAGCAGCAGAGGAGGGAAAAGCAAAGGGCCAAGCAGGGGCCUGAUGAUGUGCUAGUCACUAAGAACAAUCUAUUAGACAUCAUAAGGAAACAUGACCGUCGCAAAAAGUAGCCAGUUUUCUCUGAAAUGGUGCUGUGUAUUUACCAAGAAAGGCUAAAUGUCUAGUUUUUAUAUUUUUUUAAUGUAAUUUUGAUGUAUUCUAAUUAGAUGGCAUGUGUUAUUAUAUAAAUAAAGUUUAUUCUUGUUAUUUA